AUGCCUCGCCUGGGGGGCGGAUCGUCUGGCCAGACACCCCUGCUGGAUGGAGACGACUCAGGAGGACCCCUUCCCUUGACCCAAACUUUGUCGUCGCUGCGUUUAGAGCCCACACAAAAUCUUUCAAUAGUUCCGGAGAAGACAAGGUCAGAAAGGAAAACGCCAAUCAAAUUCACAUCUUUUCAAAUGCCUCGCAUAUCUUCCAGUUCCAGUGACCAUGCUCCUAUGCUACCAGACCGGUCACCGGAAGCCAUGCAGAGUGUGUCCCUACAGAAGCUAUCACAACGAUCUGUGAAUACUUUUCGGGCUGCUGAGCAUGGAAAAGUGGAUAUUUUGCCAAUUUCGAUAGCAUCUUCUACUUUCAAUAGAAAACGAGCCGUUUCCUCGAAUAACAUGUCAUCAGGCUGGUACGGGCAGAGUUCUAUGCCACAGUCCGAAAGGCCAAUGCCUCGUACGCAAUCACUAAGAUCACGAAGAUCGAGUAGCAAACCUACCUGCUAUGAUGAUGAACAAAACGACGGUCCGGAUAAAUCGGUAACUCCUUACACUCGUCACGUCAGACAUGGAUGGGAGGACGCCGACUUCGGAAGUCCAUACAAACUAUCACACAAAUCGUUGCGACGAAGCUUCACUCUCAACAAGGCUUUUCUAACGCUGCAACUCGGUCAUUUCUUACAACUCGCGGUGGUUAUAGUUGUGUCCUUUUUAGUUUUCGACUCUUAUCAUAGAGCCAUUACGACGACCGACCAGCUAAGUAAAUUCAAGAACGACGAAUCCAUGUUGCUAUUACAUCUUCAUCGUGUGGAGCAGCAAGCCUUGAAUCUUCACGAAGAAUUUGACAGACUUAGCAAAAAAGAUUUCGUCGAAUCUCACAGCAUUCAGAACGAGGAUGGUAGGAUUGAGCGGAAAAACGCGGUCGUGGUUGACUCAGAACUGAUUCGAAAGCAGACACAACAGCUCAGGCAAAUGGAAGAGGAGCUGAGCCACGAAGUACGAGCGCUUCAAGAAAGUAUUCAAAUCGCCGCUCGCAGCUGCAUUGUUAGAACUUUUGGAGAGGGUCCAGUCCAGGUAAUCCUGGAUCUUAACUUCGGUGAAAGGAAUAUACAGGGUGGCACAAAACUCACCAUUCUGCUGUGGUAUGAUACCCCUCAUGCAGCCUGGACGCUACUUGAACAAAUUCGAAAGGGGAUUUGGGACGGUGCUAGCUUCAGACUUGACAAGGGGAGAUCAAUUGCAGCGGCUCCGGAAAAUCCUGACAGGGAAUCAAAGCUCGAGUUUAUCGAACAUUCUCAGAAAAAUCACGACCCAUGGACGAUUGGGUUGAGCGAUUUUGGCGAUGACGGAAUCGGCCUAUUUGUCAAUCUGAAGGACAAUUCGGCUUUCCACAAACAGGAUGUCUGUGUUGGGAAAAUCAUCGACGGUUUCGAUGCACUGCAACAGCUAGUUGAUCUUUCAAGGAGUCGAACAAACAAAAUAUCGAUAGCCGCGGCGACUGCCUCUCAUCUCACUAGAGAACAUACUUCUGGGCUCGUAUAG